AUGGCAAUAAAUACUGUUUCUCAAGUUGUCCCUUCUCCCGCUGAAGAUGCCGCGGCUCUCUUGAAGGCUUUCCAAGUCAACAAUGACCUUUGCCAACUAUUUUGUGGUCCAGGAUGGGGCACGGACGAACAAGCAGUUAUAGCCAUCUUAGCUCGGCGUGACGCGACUCAGAGGAAACAGAUUAGUUUGACCUAUGAACAGAUGUACAACGAGGGCCUACUGCAGCGCCUGCAGUCAGAGCUCUCUGGAGAUUUUGAGAGAGCAAUGUGCCAGUGGAUACUUGGCCCUGAUGAGAGGCAGGCUGUGAUUGCCAACGCUGCAAUGAAAUGCAUCCAGGAGGAGUACCCAGUCAUCAUCGAGAUUGCAUGCGCUAACUCUUCCGAGGAGCUUAUAGCAGUGAAGAAGGCCUACCAUGUUCUGUACAAGUGCUCCCUGGAAGAAGAUGUCGCUGCUGGCACCACGGGAAAUCUUCGCAGUCUUUUGCUUGCCCUAGUGAGCACCUACAGGUACGAUGGCAACGAUGUAAACAUGGGGUUAGCAAAAUCAGAGGCAAAGAUUGUUCAUGAGGCUGUACGAAAUGGCACUCUGGAUCAUCAGGAGCUCGUCAGGAUCGUGGGUACUAGGAGCAAAGCACAGCUCAAAGCCACAUUCAGCUGCUUUAAAGAUGAGCACAGCCGCAGCAUCACCAAGGCACUACUACAUGCAUCCGAUCCGACAUGCUACUUGCGCGCUCUGCGAACCACAGUGAGGUGCAUUGCAGAUGAAAACAAAUACUUUGCCAAGCAGGUUCUGAGGAACGCUACACGCGAAGCAGGGACUGAUGAGGAUACCCUGACCCGGGUGGUUGUGAUGCACGCCGAGAAAGACUUGAAGGGCAUCUGCGGCGCGUUCCAGAAGAGGACCUCGGUUACCUUAGAGCAAGUCAUUGCCAAGGAAACCUCGGGUGACUACAGGAGCUUCCUCAUGGCUCUCCUUGGAAGCUAAACAAGGAUGGCACAAUUAAUAAUAUAAGAUAGAGAUAAUUAUAUCCCCGUGUUGAUAUAUGUAUGAACUAAAUAAAGGACGAGGCUCCUCUCCUCCACCCAAGCGGCAAAAUUCAUGUGAAUUGAGCCAUUUCAUAGGAUUCUAAUAAGUUUCAAUCUUUUAUUUCAAAGGGUUACACAGCAAAGUUUGCAAUGGAAGGACUUUGUCUCAAUUUGAUGUAAAAACUUCAACAUAAUGAAGUCCCUUAUCGAAUAAAGGAAAACAUCCGAUAAUAUCAAACCCAACAAACUUUUUUCAUCAAUGGUUUAAUCCAAAAGGAACCACAAGAAGGUUUUUGUUGUCACCUGAAAAGAUGUUUCAGUGUAAUGGUACAAACUA